AUGGGCGAGCGUAGGUCGAAGACGAAUUUGAGCAGAAAUCUGCGAAGUAUGAAAUUCAUGCGUCGCGCAGAGAGUGCGAUUGAUUUGGACGCAGAGGCAGCAGAGUUGAAAACGCGGCCAGAACAGUGGUUCAGAGAAGUGCAGCCGUUGGAAGUGAAAUUCAAGGAAGAUGAAGAUAUUUCGAUUGCAGAAUGUAUGGGGCUCAGAUGGGGAAGGGCAAGCUACGGCGGAUUCAAUAAGCCGCUGGAGAGACUUGCGGAAAGGAUGAACAGACCAGAGGGCGAAGAAGAAGAUGAUUUGGGAGAGGAUGUUAGUGCGAUGGAAAUGAUCAAGAGAGCGAGGGAAAACGCAGAUAGAGUCAACUAUGAUAAUGACACCGAUGAAAUUGUAUACGAGCCACUUUCGAAGAAGAAAAAGAGGCAGCUAGAAGCGGAAGAUCCAGAGCCAGAAGAUGAUACGAUGCAAUUCAAGCGCCCAGAAUAA